AGUCUGUCAGAUGCACCAAAAGCUCUCCAAUAUGCUCCUGUCGUGGAUGAUCACAUUCGGAUGGCUUAUUUAUGGCUCCAUUACUGUUGAACCUGCCUUGGGAGCCAAUAAAAACCCCAACUGUGACCGGAAACUCUUUCAUGGAACAAUGUAUGACAGUCGCGAGGCUGUUGUCUGUGGGACUCGACUUCAUGUAGGGGCUGGGCUGUCCUGUUGUGGAGAUCAGCCUUUCAAUCCUGCAACGGCCACCUGUUGUAAAACAGAACAUGAAGCUAAUGUGACACAAGAUUUAAGUGAAAAGGUGUCAACUUGUUGUGGACUGACAGCCUUCAACGCACUCAAUGAAAUAUGCUGUGAUUCAACCGUUGCAGUCAAAAAUGCAACCACAGCUGAAUGUUGUGGUAAAGCGGCUUAUGAUAAGGACAAGCAGCUGUGUUGUCGUCCAGAUAGUGACCCGGUGAUUCUGGAAAAGACAUCCCCCCACCACCGGUGCUGUCGCCACAAACUAUACGACUUCACGACUCAGUGCUGCCACUGGAAGAAUGAUACACAUGUUGAGGUGAAACCUAAACCUCCAAAAGGCUGUGACGGGAAUUCAGGUGCAACUGCAGUUAAAACCACUCAUGGUACCUGUGGACAGAAAACUUACAACACACACACUGAAAUGUGCUGUGGGUCACUUGUCAUUCCCAAAAUGUCAGCAAAGGAAAGAUGCUGUGGUGAAGGUGCAUACAACUACGCGACUGAGUGCUGCUGCUGGCCAGAUCACGGACCCCCUGAGAGGAAACCAAAGACCUCACCCUGCUGUGCAGUGACCUCAGUUGUUCCACAUCUGACACCUGAACCUCCACCCAGCUGCAGUGAACCAAAUACACAUGUCUGUGGGUCAUCAUGUUACAAUCCAAACGAACGCCGCUGCUGUGAGAGAAAAGAGACCAAGCCUCACUGGUGCUGUGCCUCAGGCCAAUGUGAUGCCGCACCUACUGUGUAUAAUCCACAUACACAUGUCUGCUGUGAUGGCUGCAUUUCUGAGUUGAAGCCUGGGAUGGAUCAAUGCUGUGGAGACACACCGUAUGGCUCAGCACAGCGUGGACUUCUCUGUUGUCAUAAUGUCUUGUACAAAGACAGAGAGGAUGGAGAGGAAUGCUCAGAUGCAGGUAUUCCUUACAACCCAGCUAAAGGGACUAUGUGUUAUUCUCAGUUUCAUGCCUCUCCUGGACAACACUGCUGUGGGGCAGAAGUCUACCGGCCUCUUGAAGAGAUCUGCUGCGGUGGACACAGAUAUCCCAAAAGAGAAAACCUUCAAUGCUGUGGAGUUAAAGCAUACAACAUUACAGAUCCAAACAUGAAGUGCUGCAAAGGAACGCUCUAUGACCUGACGCAUCUGGGAAACCACGGACAUGAUGCAAAGUGCUGUGGAUCCGUUCUGCAAAACCCACAGAAACAGGAAGUUUGCUGCUCAAGUAAGGACGAAGCGGUGCUUUACCCCAAAAAGACGGGAUUUGGAUGCUGUGGUCACCUAUAUUUCAACUCGUUUCUGUGGUCGUGCUGCGCAGGGGUGCUGAGGCCAGGACACAAGCAGCAGAGCGGGAUGAAUGAAUGCAGACUUCUAUCUGUGAACAACCUGAAGGACACAGAACUUUGCCGAGAAAUCUACAUCGGAACUGUGGAAAGUGUGUCUCUGAACAGCAUUUUGUUCAGAAAUGUGCUGAAACUCGAUGGAAGAAAUGGUACAGUCCAACCUGUGCCCUUCCACCACAUCCUGAUGACGCCCAAUCGCUGUACCACCACUAAACUGAUUGUUGGGAAGUUCUACUUCUUUCAUGAUGUCAAUGUUUUCGCUGAUUUCAACCAUGACACUGUGAUCCAGUCACUCCAUUUCUUUUUCAGCAAAUGCUCUCUGUAGGUCACCACUGGUUGAUCUGCUCCUGUGUUCAUUGUCAGGGUUAUUCAGUUAUUCAGUACUUUGAACAAAUAUUCAAUCAUAUUUACGCACUUACUUACUGCAUUGCGAGAAAAAAUAUGUUACAUUAAUAUACUACUAAUGCAGCAUCAUUACUUGAAAAAAAAAAAAAUGCAGUGCCUGUUCAACUACUACCUGUUCAGAAACAGGCCCGUUGCAUAGCCUCCAGUAUUGCUGCACGCAGCUUUCUCAAUACCAACAAGCAACCACUCGUCCAAACAAAAGUGCGUGGUUAUCGAAACAGUCCAAAGCAAUACAACUCAAACUAGUUGACACCUCAUUAGGUAUAACCAACCAACAGAGAGAGAGUCACCCUUUACCAGCUCUGCAUUGCUCUGAGUAUUGUUUAAAAACCACUGAGUUUAUAAAACAAUAUAAGGAUUACUUUUGUAUUUGAUUAAUAGAACAACUGUUUUACCCCAAAUUAAUAUAUAUAUAUAUAAAAAAGUGUGAAUAAUUUUUAGUUGUUUUUUUUCUUUACAUUUUAUUCAAACAUAUAAUUAUCAUGUCACUGCUGUGUUAUUAUGCUAAUGAUAAUAAUAACAGCUGUUCUGGUGCAAUAAGCCAUUUCCAGUUUGCACUGUUUACAGAGCACCACCCUGUUGGUUCUAAAAUGCUCCCACAUGUAAAACGAUUGUGGACGAGAAUUUUCUAGACGCAGCUUGUUGUCCAGGCUUUGUCAUGAUGAUGAUGGCGUUAUAUCGAUUAAUUGCACCAGCUCUACCACAGACUGUCCUUUAAUGGGUUUUUUAAAAAAGCCUUAUUUCUCUAGAACUGCUCAUCCAAAGUACUUUAAACACUACACUGCACUUCCUUGGGUCCCUAGAAAAUACACUGCCAAGUUUGAAGUAUGGUGGAUGAACGGUUGUCUGGAAAAGCAAAGCACAGACAAACACACACGCACACUUUCACACACACACUCACUCACACACACACGCACACACACACGCACGCACACACACACACACACACAGUCAUUUCUUCAUUUGUUUAGUAAGCUGUUACUCGGUCCAGCUCGUCCUCUCUGCCAGUGAGGUGACUGAUGGACAUCUGGUCUUGAUGUCCUAAUGUAAUGUUGUACUGAGUUUUAAACUUGAAACAAUCACACAACUUGUUACUAAAGAUAGUAAUCAGUGCUGUAACACAGUCCACAUGGUGCAAGGUGACGUAUUCAUUUGUGCAUCAUUGUUCUGAUGCAUGUGAAUGCUGGUAGCAAUAAUAACCGAAGUCUGAUAAAAGCUGAAGCAGUCAAAGCUCUGCUCUCUGCAAACUAAUCUAUCCAAGCUAGUGUUAGUUUGGUGUGAAAAAGAAGCUGUCAUUGUAGCAGGUAGCCAGAACAUAACUUUAUGUUCACAUAAGCUAAACUGCUAUCAGCUAAUUCUGUUUGUUUUUGAAAUAUUGGAAGAAAUAUUUUUAUAUUCUAUAUUGAGUUUUGCACUGAAUUAUAUAAUAUAUGGCAAGUGUUUGCACAUGUCCUUCCCUCACAUAAAUUGAAUGUUUACAUGUCAUUUAUGAUUAAAAGAUUGAAUCAUAAUGUCCUGAUUGAUAAAGUGAGUGAUGUAAAUGAUAAGCAUUGCAUCAAAAAAUAUGAGGGACACCAAUAUGCUACACUACAAUCACCCGCAGAUUUCAUUUCCUGCCUUGGAUUUAUGUGACUCCAUACCCAACUUCUUCUGUCGUCCCCAUGUAAUGUGAUUUCUGUACUGUAAUAUGUUGUAGUGGAAAUGGUGGUUGCUUUGCAUUUCUGUACUGUAUAUAUAAAUGACUUACAUUUAAGCUAAAAGGGACAGAAAGCAUUUUACUGCAUACAUAACUAUGCUUGCUGGCAUUACUGGUAUAGCAUUUUAUAUUGCAUGUUUAUUUUUAAUACAUGACAGGACCUACUAUUGGUGCCAUCAUUUCUUUAAGCAUAAUGUUUCAAAAAGGUAAUUAAAAAAACACUUGCAAUAAACCUGUUGUGUUGGUGUAA